ACUGAAAAGCAUUCAUCUAUCAGUUUGUCCAUUAGAGUACCAAAUACUCAUUCAAUAUGCUGACCACCUACCUAUGUCUCUCUACAGACUGUUUCUGCAUUGGUUCAGGAUGAGCUCGGUAGUCAGCAGGAACAAGUUCAAAUGCGAAGACUUUCUCGGACUGAGCAAUGCACAUCAAGAAAGACAGAAGCCUUGAUACAACUCUGGAGGAUCUUUAACAAUCUCAGCACCACACAAAGGAAAAACCUCCCCACCAUCAAGAUUGGAUCUCUGGAUCAGUGUUGGAGGUCAAAGCAGGAGACUAACCGGGAAGUGCUCUACAGGCCACAUGAUGAGGACACUGACAGUUUGACAGACUACAUUAACUUCUGUACAGAGAACACUGUGCCUACCAGGAAGAGACAGUGUUACUCCAACAACAAAUCAUGGGUGACCCCUGGGCUAAAGGCCCUGCUGAAGAGGACUUUCAGUUCUCGGGGACGAAGAGAAGAGCUGAGGAGGGUACAGACACAAACCACCAUCAUACACUGACCCUCACUGAGCGUCAAACCAAUAGAAAACAACCACAGAAGAAAAUGUUCCAUUCAACCAGCCAAUCACACUUUACAUUUCCUUUGAUGGAAAGUCUACGCACGUCAUGACAUCCGGUAGUGAGACGUGUUUCUUUGUCAUUUGAGUCUCGGCCAUCUUCACACAUGGACGUGCUGCACAUUCUUCUGAUCGCUCUCUUCGGAGUUGUUUCUUACAGUCAUGGUCAGAUUUCUGGAUCAGAGUUGGAGGUGACAGCCAGACCAGGAGACAACGUCACUCUCUACUGUGACUGCAAAAAAUCAAGUGGAGUUUACAUCGUGUGGUACAGGAACUGCUCUCAUGAGAACCAACCUUCUCUUGUCCUAUCAUACGAGUUUACAUCAAAACUAAUGUCUGAUCAUAUAAAUCCCAUUCCUCGUUUCUACUUUGUGAGAAAUGAUUCCUCGUAUGACCUGAUGAUCAUGAACGUCACUGAUUUGGAUGAAGGUCUCUACUACUGUGGAAAAUCCAUUGGUCGCAGAGGUGAAUACAGAUAUGGCAACAUCACAACAAGGAUCAUAAUCAAAACCAGUGAUCAAGAUCCUCCACGAGACUGUGGUUUGUGCCGGAUGCUGCUGUUCUCUCUGUGUCCAUCGUUUGCUGUUCUCUCCUCUCUCCUCUCCUCUCUUGUGGUUUAUCGCCUCUGUAACAAAAAAGCUAAAGAAACUCAAGUUGAUCGGCGACAGCCUGAAACCAGAGGACUGAAUCAGGAUGAAGAUGUGUGUUACGCUGCGCUGGAGAUCCGUCAGACAUCAAACAGACCAAAGAAGAAGAAAACCCAGAGUUCUGACUUCAGCACCUAUUCUGCCAUCAAUACUUCGAGGGCGUCGAGGGCCUGAAACUAAAGAAAAUGAAUCGUCUGAUGGUGACUGGUAAUGAAUAAUCUGUAGGGAUGCAUAGAGACCAUUCUGUCCAUCAUUGUUAGUGAUAUGUAUGAAAAUGUAUAAGCAUCAAA